AUGGCGUCAUACUUCGACCUCCCACCGCAGAAGGCGUCGACCGCAACAUGUAUAGAUCAGCUGCCCCAGGACGAGCGCAAACAAUUAGGGCGCAUGAACAGUUUAAUGUCACCCGCAGUGGCACAGAUUCUCGAGGGCUUAGGCGAUGAGCAUUCGGACAGUGAUAGCAGCGAAGGAGGGUUAUCGGACGAUGAGGAUCAAGACGCUAUUGAACACACCAAAAAGCAUGACCCGAUUGAAAAUUUGCGCAAAAACAAGCAAAAACACGUCGCUGCACAGGCACCGAGGCCAUCUUCUCUAUCACCUUGCAGGAGUAAUCCAAGAUCUUCAAAUAGAGGGUCUGGCAAGUCAAAAUCCUCGUCCACACGUACUGAAAAGGACAGCCCGGCAAAAGCCAAACUGAAGCAGCCAACAAUGGCACGCUUUCAUUCUCUUCGCAGCAUGCUUUUCCAACAGCGAAUUGAAGACAAGAUAAAGACGGCAACGGAGGAAGAUUGCCAGAAAGAGCAGAAUUCGGCAGACAGGUGGAGAAGUCAGCACGAAGAACGGCAAAUGCAUCGGCCCAAGACGCCAGAGAAAGACGUGCAGCAGAAGAACGGGAUUGGAAGCAGGCUCAAGAUGACGAUGCGCAGGAUGACUACCAGAGAUGCGGGAGGCAUGGAGAAGAUAAGAGAGGAUGGGGCGCCGGUCGAGUUUAACGAUCGGGCUUCGACAGCGUCGUCGGAUAACGAGGGCGAGCAGGAUCAAGUGUCGAGACGUCGUCAAGAUAGCGACAACAAAAGUAUUGACCAUGCAGAUGUGGAGGACCUGGUUCGGUGGGUCAGCCAGCGGGAUACUCCUAGCGAUGGCGAGGCGCGGAAAGGCGGUGUUGUGGAAGUAAAGGAAGACAGCGGUCACGAAAGCAUUGGAGAUGCUGAUGUUGAUGACCUCGUUCGACAUGUAAGCCGGAAUCGAGAAGUCGAAGAUGAUAAAGAAGUCAGAGUGCACUCUGGUUACAGCGAUGCGCCAACCGAGUCGGAUAGCGAGUUGCAUCACGUAUCCUCUGGCGAAGAGGAAGAUGCAGAUGAUCUUGUACGCUGGAUAUCGCACCGGGAGGGCCCCAAGGCAGGCCCAGUACGUCGCAACCUAGAAAAGCACGAUCUCGACUCAGACGUAGGAGAGCACUAUGACUCCGAUGUCCCAGAGCUGGGCCGAUGGUUCAAACGCCACGAUGGCACGAGCGGCGAAUCCGCACCGGCCUCACUGGUAGACGGAAACAUCCAGGAACUCAUUGAGGAGGAAGAGCGGGGUCGCCCACGCAGCAGGGAAUCCGCUGACAGACCCAAGGAGAAGCGACACAUGACCGAAGACGAUGUCGACGAACUCGUCCGCUGGGUAACUCGCAAACACGACAAACCAACUGAAAGCGAAACCAGGGUAGAAACCCUCCAGCGCGAGGAAGAAGAGAAGAAACAUGAACUAGGCAUGAGUGUAGUAGACCAGGGCAGUCUGUCAAACGCAGACGUUCGAGAUCUUGUCGACCAUGCACGACAAACUAGCAGGGAAACAUCAUCGCCACCACCACCACCACCACCACCACCACCACCAGGAGUGGAAACCGGCGACUUGCGUGCGCUGCGCUGCGAUAAGGAGCAGAAGAGUUCACGCCGAGAUUUCCAAAAUGACCUCAGCAGCAAGAGAGACGAUCUCGAUGACAAGAAAGAAGAGCAGCUUGGUAUGAGCUUGGACGAUGGCUCGUUAAGCCACAGCGACGUACAGGAUUUGGUCGCGCAUGUACAGAAGAGACAGGUUUGA